UAGCUAUGACAACCUGCCACAGGGGCCCUAAGCACCUCCCAGAGGGCCCCGGGUGCUCAUUUCUGAAGUGAGACUAGGAAGAGAAGAUGAACAGUUCUCUGGAUUAUCUGGCCUACCCUGUUAUCGUCUCUAAUCACAGGCAAAGCACAACCUUCAGGAAGAAACUGGACUUCGGCCACUACGUAUUUCACAAGAAUAGAAUACAAAUAGUGAAGCCGACCGUGGACACCAAGCCUCCAGCGGCACACACACACCACAUUUUAAAACUGAGCAAACUACAGGGUGAACAAAAGAGAAUCGAUAAGAUCGAGUAUGAAAAUAAGCAGCUAUGUCAGAAAAUCGCCAACGCCCAUCGCGGCCCCGCCAAGGUGGACUGCUGGAACGAGUAUUUCUCCAAGAGCUUAAACAGGGAAACAAGGAACCGGGAGCUGGUGAGGAUCACCGUGGAGAACCAGGGCAUCCUCAAGAGGCUGGGUGACCGCAAGCCCCACUACGACCGCAGGGCAUCGGAGAUGGACUGGCAGAAUUCAAGGCGCUAUAUCAAAAAUACAACAAGAUAUCUUCUCUCCCAAGAUGAAUAGGUUUGUGUAUCUGCACCACAUGGUCACAGUUGAUACCAAAGCCCUAAGAAACCCAUAAAUGGUGAA